AUGUGGGGUCGCGAGGAUCGUCGUGCUCCAGGUGGAGGUUUCUGGACACCACCAGCGACGUGGAACAUGAAUAAAAGAGUUUACACGGCGAUGCCCAUGUCAGAGAGGAAAAGAACAAGUUUGAUCGAGAAGCAAGAGCAGUUUCAUAUGAUCCACAAAGUUCCAUCUGGUGAUUCCCCUUAUGGUAGAGCCAAACAUGCCCAGUUGGUUAGUAAAGACCCGGAACGAGCGAUCUCCUUGUUUUGGGCUGCGAUAAACGCUGGUGAUCGAGUUGAUAGCGCAUUGAAGGACAUGGUGGUUGUUAUGAAACAGCUAAACCGGUCUGAUGAAGGAAUCGAAGCUAUUAAAUCUUUUCGUUAUCUCUGCCCUUUUGAAUCACAAGAUUCCAUUGAUAACGUGCUGUUUGAACUCUACAAGAAGUCUGGGAGAUUACAAGAGGAAGCUGAGCUGCUUGAACACAAACUCAAAACACUUGAACAAGAUACCCAUUACGGUGGUAGGAACACAAUUGUGAAAAGAAGCCAUGGGAAACAGAUCAACUUGACAAUGGAGCAAGAGAAAGCACGGAUUCUAGGGAACUUAGCUUGGGUUCACUUACAGCUUCAUAACUAUGGAAUCUCAGAGCAUUACUACAGGAAUGCAUUGUCGUUGGAGCCUGACAAUAACAAGCUGUGUAACCUUGCCAUCUGCUUGAUGCAUAUGGAUAGAAUCCAAGAAGCUAAAUCUCUGAUUGAUGAUGUAAGACAGUCUCAAGGGAAAACUCAGUGGACUGAUGAACCGUUUUACAAGUCUUUUGAACGGGCUACAGAGAUGUUAGCAGAAAGAGAACGGGUCAAGUUAGCGGAUCAUCAAGGAGAGACUAUGAUAAGUAGCUCAUCAGAUAACUUCUCUUCGAAUUGUUCUUUUGCGAGUUGGGUGAAGGAUACGGAAACUCUAGCUGGAACUGUACCUGAACCAGGGAUCAUCUACUCCUUUGAAUCAGUUGAGUCGCCAGUUCUGCUUACCCAACCGCGGGAGUGUAAAUGGGGAGAUGAGGGAAUAGAUCAUAGCGUAGGGCAAGUGACGAUCGGUGCUGCUAGAAAGCUAAAGUAUGGGAAUACUUUCGAAGUCAACCACUACGAGAAUAAGAAGGAUAACGCGAAGAGUGUGGAAUCAGCAGAAUCAAAUACUUUGACAAGCAAAGCAAAGAAGGUGUGUGCAGAUACAGAGAAAGGAUAUCAAAGGAACGCUUCAGGAUCAUCUUCAGCUUACGCUCAGAUCAUGAACAUUGGUCAAAGAACUGUAUAG